AAUCAAGAAAGACUGGAUAAGAAAAAGUCAAGUUAUGCAAAUGAAUUAUUGGAAAGGAGCAGAAAGUUGGCUUUAACUGUAAAGGGUAAAGAAUUAAAUGAAGAAGAAUUACGUGAAAAAUUCGAUCCACUUUGGAAAAAAUGGGUCUGUGAUGUGUCCUCAGAUCUUCCUCCAGUCAUAGAACCUGACAUUGACACAGAUUCUGAAAACAUUCUUUGGGAGUAUUUCCAAAAGGAAAUAAACAUGGUGGACAUACUAUUGAGAAAUUCUGGUGAUAAAUUUCAAAUAAAUUAUGAUGAACAUGUAAAAAUGAAUAAAAAGUAUAACUUCAUGACUAGGACAUUAAAGGUCUGUGAUAGGGAAUCCAUUAAUAUGACUACUGACCAUAUUAUUUCAAGAUUUAAUGAAACUAUCAACAAUAUUCAUAAGCAACAAUGUGAUUACAAUUCAAGUUAUUUCCAUGAAAUCCUGAGGAUAAUAGAAGAAGAAGUAAAAUCUGCACCUACUGAGGGAAGAUACACAUUUACAAGCAAAUAUAUCCUUGAGUUGUCAUUAUGCUUAUUCCAAAGAGCAUCUAAGAGUUUUAAGGAAAUGCACAAAGCAUUCAAG